AACCUCUUUUUAUUUUGCACUGACAUCAUGAACUUGCUGUUAUUGUCUCUUCUGGCUGUGCAAAUGCACAGCGUGGUGCCUGUGAUUCACUCGCUGAAGUAUUUCCACACUGCGUCCUCUCAAGUUCCAAACUUCCCAGAGUUUGUGAGUGUUGGUUAUGUUGAUGAAGUUCAGAUUGUUCACUAUGACAGCAACAGCAGGAAAACAGAAGCCAAACAGGACUGGAUGAACCAAAUCACAGCAGAGGAUCCACAUUACUGGCAGAGAGAGACCGAGAUCAAUGUUGCUAGUGAGCACAUCAACAAGAACGCCAUUGAAAUUCUCAAGAAGCGUUUCAACCAAACUGGAGGUGUUCACAUUUUCCAGUGGAUGUAUGGAUGUGAAUGGGAUGAUGAGACUGAUGAGGUUACUGGUUGGUGUCAGACAAGUUAUGAUGGAGAAGACUUCUUAUCGUUGGACAUGAAGACAUGGACAUAUACCGCAGCAAAACAUCAAGCUGUUCCUAGUAAACGCAACUGGGAGCAUGACAAAGCUCACCUAGACUACCAAAAGUAUUACUACACUGAGUAUUGUCCUACUUACUUGAAGAAGUUUGUGAACUAUGGGAGGGACGUCCUAAUGAGAACAGAGCUACCAGAGGUGUACCUCCUCCAGAAGACGGCGUCCUCACCGGUCAGUUGCUUGGCGACAGGUUUCUAUCCCGACAGAGCCGACCUGUUUUGGAGGAAAGACGGCGAGGAGCUCCACGAGGACGUGGAGCACGGCGAGAUUCUCCUCAACCACGACGGAACCUUCCAGAUGUCGUCAAACCUGAAAGCGGAGGCGACGGCUGACGUGGAUGGCAAGUACGAAUGUGUGUUUCGGCUGUCUGGCGUGGAGGAGGACAUCAUCACCAAGCUGGAGAGAAGAAGCAUCCUGAGCAACGCAAGCCAUGAAGACAACUUGAGCGUCACCAUUGCUGCCACAGUCGUGGCCGUGGCGGUCCUCCUGGCGGCCGUCGUCAUCGCCAUUGUAAAGCGUCACAGAAACAAACAAGCCAGUUACCAUCCAGCUGGUUGUCCGACAGCUGGCGACGGCGGUACCCAGCUCUCAGAGAGGAUGACAGCUGAAGGAUGAGUGAGACACAGCAGCCGGCACACGGUGAGCUCACAUGGACUGUUUGCACCUCCAAAUGUUCUUGGGACUUUCUGUGAAGAUGAUCUUCAAUUUGGAUUCAUGUGCUUUUGUUGGGAAUGGGCCGUCGUCAUCAUCUAUCGCUGAAGGACAUCAUUACACUUGGAGAUGAGAUGGAGAUGUGCUAGUUUGGUCUUCAUCAAACUGCUCGUCACGUUAUACGAUGUCUCCUUUGUGGCUUAGAAAACGCAAUGAUGAUUAUUGCAGCAGAUAAAUGUAUUUUUUCACUUACCUUGGUGAUACAAG